AUGUCUGAAGAGGUCCGUGCAGACUUCAACUCCCCCUUAGCAGAGCAGGAACUGGGUGUUAUGCUCGCACAAAGUGCUAGCAGCAUGACGCCGCCGGGACGCACCCAUGCUCCAAGUUCUCCGCCUGGUGAAUAUGCUUAUUUGGCCAAGCCUGGCUCCUCAUACGCCUCCCGCAUCAUGAUGCCUCGGUCUGCCGUGCAGACUUUGCUUCGUCAGGGCUUCGUCGAGGAGCAGAACGGUGUGUUUCGUUGGCGACAGAGCGCUUCUGUAAACGAGCAGAACCAGGCACUGCUAAAGGCAUUGCCACCCGGACGACUGCGCGACGUCCUGGAGCGGUCUUUUGAUGCCUCGGCGGACCCACUCACCUUUCCGCAGGCAUCCACCAGCACCCAGGGAGCCGUGAACCGGGAACCGCCAGGCUCGAAGGGGGGCCUGCAAGACGACAGUGAAGAGCCUGCUUCUGACAAGGUUGGACCCGAAGGCAAACUUGCAGAACCUGGUUUGGCCAAGGUGGGGUCGGAAAUGGCACUUGGAGAACCUGCCAUAGACAAGGCCGAGCGUGCGCCAAGCGCAGAUGAUUUCGCAAAGUGGAAGGUGCCGGAGUUGAGGGCGAGGCUGAAGGAGCUCGGCCUUGCAUGCAAGGGAAACAAGCCGGCUCUUGUGGAAAGACUCCGAAACCAACCUUGUGCAUCACCGGAACAGCCUGCAAAAUCUCCCGCAGCACGUCCGGAAAAACCUGCAAAGCUUGCAAGACUUCCUGCAAAGGCUCGCUCCUCCGAUAUGCCCGUGGCCGAGCAGAUCCCUGAUGAUGACGAUGACGUGGAAGAGGGCGAUUCGCCGACCUAUGUGUCGCCGAGAGAGGAGGGUAUUCAUGAAGUGGCAAACAGUAUGCCGCCCCACAUGAAGGCCGAGGCCAAGGGCUGCGAACUUUUUGAUGCGCACCGGGAGUUUCUCAUGGAGAAGCGGGGUGGCAAGCGAGAGAGAGGUUCCAAGACACAUGAGCCUGCUGUGCGGCAGGAUCCGGAAUGGCGACAGUCGCUCCAAGCCAGCAUGAGUAUCCCAAAGAAAGCUUUCGAUCGGCUCAUCAAUGACGUUUUCCAGGACUUGCAAAAGACCAUGGACGAUGAGAUGGAAAACGCGUCCAAAAUGGGAUGCGGUUCAGGUGAUGGUGACAUCCCCCCUCACGGUGACAUGAAGAUUUCCAAAGAUGCUCGGAUUUGGGCCCAAGCCGCAUCCGAGGAAUUCGUGGCAUCCGUGUUUUCGGAUUGCACCGUUUUGCGGAAGCAUGCGAAACGGUCGGAGACAGUGUACAAGGCGGAUGUUCAGCUUCUCAUGGGGAUCCGAUCUGGCCGGUUGUUCGAGCAGGCGGCGGAGGAUGCGGAGCAAGCUUGCCGGCGUGAUCGUGCAGAGCAGCAGAAGAUCAAAGAAAGCAAGCGUCGCAACAAACGAGCUGGACCGGAUCCCGAGGCCCACGAUGUCGAAGAUGCUGCUGUGCGGAAGGCUAAAGACUGCUCCACGACAGCGUUGCUUGAAGAGAUUCUUGUCGCGGACAACGCCCAAGAGGGAAGCAAGGCUCCCAUAGGCAACCAGAAAGCAAGGCUGCGCCCGAUCGGUUUGGAGGUCGUGACGAUUUCCGAGGACGAGGCUGCGCCAGUGGUGCCUGCGGAGGCCAGCGCGAAGCCGAAACCCAAGGGUCGGCCCAAGAAGAAGCCCGAGGCUUCGACAGAAAGCCGACGCCCACGGAUACCAGAGUCCAAAUCCAGAAGGUCUGACGAGGGCCCAACACGCCAAUUGCAGCGGGCGAAGAGGAAGAGGAGUGGGGCUGCCUGA